CAAUGGUAGCACUUGGCAACGAACGGCGGGAUCAGUCAGGUUAGCCCAUUGGUCGGGCAAUCGCCAAGGGAGCUACGGUGGGACAACGGAUAAACAGAUUUCAAAGUUUCGAAGUGCUUGCAAUGUGGUGCGUAGUAAGCCGCUGAAACGUCAACGAGGUGAAACGUAUUCAAACUAUUUUGUUUCGUUUCCUGUGACAAAUCAUAGGAAAGAAAUUUAAUAUGUUCUUUAUUCGGAAACAGUUCGUAAUUGUGUUUAAGAAGAGGUAGUUCCACCGGUAUUUGUUGAAACAGAUUCUCUCCUUAAAAAGCACGGAGAUGGAUGAGGUAGAAAACGUAAAUAUUACCGAAACACCUCGCAUCACGAUAAAUGCGAGCAGUCGCAAUUCUCAUGAUAGUGUCGAUAGUGGUUACUUGACUCUUCUUUCACCGCCACCAUCACCGUCAGUGCCUUCAUCUUCGUUUAUAGCCUCCGAACCCAUCGAGGAAGAUGUGGAAAUGAAACUAGUCAUCGUGCCUCAGAGCACACCCCAGGUAACCACUUCACCUAGACGGAAGACACCACCACCACCUCCACGUAUUGUUAUCUCGCCGACCUGUAGAAAAGCUAGUCCCGCUAUUAGUUCGGCAGACAAUCAGAAAUUAAGCAAGCUCUCUAUCACGUAUCUUGCUGCUAUCAAACCAAAGAGGUUGGAUUUCAGUCAUCGCGUCAUAUCUGCUGCUUUGCAUCAUAGUAGAGCUACUCCAGAUUACACAGGUAGAGAAACAGUGGAUAUAUUGGCACUUCUCGGAGACAAAAGCAAUCAUUGGAGAAUAGUUUCUAAAAUAUUGUCUUUCCUUGGACCUCAGGACCUUUGUUCCAUUAGUAUGGUGUCUAAAACAUGGAGGAGAAUCUGUUUCAGUGAUUCUAGGGCCAAUGUGAGAAGACUGACUCAUAUAAUACUCAGACAGAAUGCUAAAGAGAAUUUAAAAUUAAUCAAAAAAUCAAAAAUAGAAGGAGACAUUCAAAGCAGUCCUAGAAGUAGAUACGCUAGAAAAGGGUACUUAUUAGAAGUGCAGAAUCUUCUUCAAGUACAAGGAAAUAAACGGCCACCUAGCAGUCCACCUGUUUCUCCAAGCAAAGUAAAAUUCCACUCUUUUGUCAAGGCUAGUCGUACACUCGCUCCUUGGGAACAUUUGUUACCAUGCCCAAAAUGUUUUCCUUGUCACGUGGACGGCGAGAAGAACGUAGGAACGUGUUCAAGACAAGGUUGUUCGAUGGAAUUUUGCACCUCCUGUUCAUCAAGACCUCAUACUGGUCCUUGUAAGACACCCCUGUUAGCAACGCCGACGAAGAGGAAUAAACGGCUGGUUAUUGGCUCGAAACAGAGCAAACGGAAUCUCAGGAGAUUAUAAACAUUUACGUUGUUAUAUGUCGAGAAUGUUUUUGUUUUAAUCUUAUCACUUUUCUCGAUAAAAUAAUUCUUCUCGAUAAAAUAAUCUUCAAAAAAAAAAAAUGGAGAGAAUGUCGAGAAUUGUAAGAAAUAUAAUUUCGGGAUUAUUUUAAUUGUUAUGAUACGCAGUGUUUUGGAAAUGUGAAAUGAACAUCGUUAAUUUAAGUGGUUCGACCAACAAAAUGGAUUUUUAAAUCUGUAUGUUAUAAAACUUUAAAAAAAAAACUAUAAGAGAAAAAAAAUUUUAAUCUAAUAUAGUUUUAAAUAUAUUUCAUAAAUGACUGUUACAUUUUUACAAAUAAUCAUUUUCAUUUGUAAAUUAUGAUUUAUAAAUGAAAGUGACGAUUAUUGAUAAUUUUAAAAUUAAGCUGUUAAAGUUUAUCGGUUUCGAACCAUUUACGAUGUCCGUUUAAUCAGAUAAGUAUAUGGAGGAGAGAGGAAUCUUUUAGAGGAGGAAAAAAUUCUCAGUACUAAUUACUUUAUUUAUUUAAAAAAAAAAAAAAUCGAAAUUUAAAAAUCCUCAAGAUACCUUUUUAUUAAUUUCAUGGUGAAUUGUUGGAAGGUUUAUGAAAUCUUAAGAAACUAUUAUUUAUUCAAAUUUCUUAGAGUUCAUAAAUUCAAACUCAAGAAAUUAAACAUCAUUUUUUUAAGAAUCAUAAAUUCGCAACGUGAUUGAAUGUUACCUUUAUACGAUCAAAAGAAUUUUUACGUGGCUCUUAAAUUAAUUGAAUUGGUAGUGAAACGUUUCAACGUUUCUCUCAAUAUUUUGUUCAGCAAAUCGAGAUGAAGAGAAAGGGGCCGAAGAUUGUCGAUUAAGAAGACAAAAAACGCAGAAAGAGAGAAAAAGAGAAAAUAUGAGAAAGAAUAUGAGAACCAAGUCGUAAAACUUUUAAGGGCAUAGGCCGACACUUUGCGUUGACCACUUUUUACCCAGUCAAACCCACCGUGUUUCACGACCUGAUGAAGCUAGCAGAGAGGUUAGUUAAAAACAAAGUUGUGUCUUUUUGACCGACUGGGAUCUUCUUUGUUACGCGAACGCCCUCUUAUAAUAUUAUUAUAACUGUUGGGUGUUAUUUACGAUGUGAUGUAUCUAAAACUUCUAAUUUCUCUUUGAUUAAAUCUUGAUUAAUUGGCACGUUUUCUGUCUGCUAAUUUCUGAGUUGUGGAAUUUCAAGUCACCAACUUACAAUGCAAUCGAAUCGCGG